AUGGCCGCCAUCACUGCCACCGCCACUGCCGCCCUCAAGCCUCCCCGCCCUAAACUCGCCUGUUUCUCCUUCGCCGCCUAUGCCAAAACCGUCAUCUACCAUCUCAAAUCCCUCCAAAUUCCCGUCCUCCCGGGCAUGUCGGACUUUGAAUUCACCUCCGUCGAGUCCACUUUCCAAUUCUCUUUCCCGCCGGACCUCCGGUCAAUUCUCCAAGAGGGUCUCCCUGUUGGCUCCGGGUUUCCCAAUUGGCGAUCCUCCUCCAUUCAACAGCUUCACAUUCUCAUCAAUCUCCCCAAAUUCUGUCUUCUCAAGGAAAUUUCCCAAAGAAAAUUCUGGUGCCAAUCUUGGGGGACCCGACCUAAUGAUCCCAACACUGCCGUUGCUAUGGCCAACCAAUUCCUGGACAGAGUCCCUGUUCUUGUCCCCAUAUAUAGAAACUGUUACAUCCCUUCCGCCCCCAACAUGGCCGGAAACCCUGUUUUUCACGUCGACGGUGGGGAGAUUCGUGUUUUGAGCUCUGAUUUGCCUGGAUUCUUUCAAACCCAUCAAUAUUCUCAUCUCAGUGUUCCUGAACUUCACCGAUCGGUGAUCGAAUCGCCGGCUUGGGCCGCGAAGGAGACUCGGGCAGUGGAGUUCUGGACUGAAGUCGCUUCAGGAAAGAAAGCGGCGGCGCGUGAAAUAACGGAAGGGUGGUGGAAUGAAGGAGAAUUCGAAAUGGGGUUGGAUGGAUGCUUGGAGGACGUGUUUUGGAGGUUGCGGGAAGGCGGAUGGAGGGAAGAAGAAGUUAAAGAUAUGAUGAUGAUGAACAGCCAUGAUCGGAGCUCAGAACAAAACAGGACAACAUUCGAGAAACUCAGAGUAUCAUCAGUGUGCGAGAUUUUAUUGAGUGGGGGUUGGAGCAGGGCCGAUGUGUUGUACUCUCUGGAUCUUGAAGACAAGUCCGCCACUGUUAUUCCUGAAGAAGAAUCAACGUUUGAAAUCAAUGUUCAUGAUCAGCCAAUAAGAAUCAUAAUCCCACAGGUUGAACCCAAGAACAAGCCCAAGAGCACUGCCAAGCACGCCCCAAUUUUCUUUGCACCACAUAAAAACUUAAUCCUGUAA